AUGCCCAAAUCUGGGUUCACAAAAUCAGUUCAUAGUGAAAAUUCUGACAGUGACAGCAAUAUGGUAGAAAAACCAUGUGGAAGAAAGAGUAAAGACAAGAUUGCAUCCUAUAGCAAAACACCAAAAAUUGAUCAAGGUGAUGUGGUCAAGGAGAUGAAGGAGAAAUCAUCUAUGAAACGUAAACUGCCUUUUACCAUUAGUCCAUCAAGAAAUGAAGAACGAGAUUCAGACACGGAGAAAGAAGGUCCAGAAAAGAAGAAGGCAAAAAAAGAAGCUUCAAAUAAGAAAUCCACCCCAGUUAGCAUUCUCUUUGGUUAUCCACUUUCGGAACGAAAGCAAAUGGCACUUCUUAUGCAGAUGACAGCAAGAGACAACAGUCCAGAUUCUAUACCAAAUCAUCCAUCACAAACAACACCAACUCAAAAAAAGCUUCCAAGUUCCUCAUCUCGACAAAAAGAUAAAAUUAAUAAGAGAAAUGAACGUGGUGAAACUCCUUUACAUAUGGCAGCUAUUCGAGGAGAUGUGAAACAAGUCAAAGAGUUAAUAAGUUUAGGGGCAAAUGUGAAUGUGAAAGAUUUUGCAGGUUGGACGCCUCUGCAUGAAGCUUGCAAUGUUGGAUAUUAUGAUGUUGCUAAGGUACUCAUAGCAGCUGAAGCAGAUGUUAACACACAAGGACUAGAUGAUGACACUCCACUCCAUGAUUCUGCUAGUAGUGGGCACAGAGAUAUAGUGAAACUAUUACUUCGUCAUGGUGGAAAUCCAUUUCAAGCCAAUAAGCAUGGGGAAAGUCCAGUGGAUGUGGCAGAAACAGAGGAAUUGGAAUUACUACUCAAAAGAGAGGUGCCUUUAUCUGAUGAUGAUGAAAGCUGCCUGAGGCUGCCUGAGGAUGAUCCAGAGUGCCCGCUCCUCUACAGCCCAGGGGCUGCUGGGAUGAAGCACAUCAAAGGGAACCGCUUGCAGAAGACAGACUCUGGGCUGGACAGUGGCCAGAAGAUGACUAAGCUGGGUGUCAUAGCCGGGCCCUUCUUUGAAUUUGAUGCUGGAUCUUGUGCUCACUCCUUUCUCCAGUCCAGCCUUGUCAACCCUACAGCAACGUAA